CAGGCCCCGCCCCUCCCAGCUGGAGGAAACCGAGUAGGAAGUGGGUUGCGAUGUCCUUUUGUGUCCUACAGCCGGAGCGAGGAGCCAGCGCGCAGCCCCAGUCGAUGGCCCGGCCGGCGCCCGGCGCGCGGGGCCACUGAGCCGCCAGCCCGCACGCCCGCACGCCCGCAGCCAGGCGCGGACCCGAGCCCUCGUCCGCCGCCAAGCCUCUUGCAAUCAUGUCGUCUCGGGAACGCCAAGCAGAAUUUUUCAUCAAAACGGAGCCAGCCUCCCCAGACAGCCUUGCUCAACAUAGCCCAAGUGGUUCAUCUGAUACGAGUGCCAGUGGACCUCCCCAGGAACUUGAGAGCGUAGGACCGCUGCCUGCUGGGACAGGGGCACCCUGUCGGCGCCGUGAUGAUGAUGCAGAUGACCCGCCGGGGCGGGGCAAAUACAUGCUGAGUUCCAUGCCCAAGCGGCUCUGCUUGGUGUGCGGGGAUGUCGCCUCGGGGUAUCACUACGGCGUGGCAUCGUGUGAAGCGUGUAAGGCGUUCUUCAAGCGAACCAUACAAGGCAGUAUUGAGUACAGCUGUCCAGCCACCAACGAGUGUGAGAUAACAAAGCGGCGUCGGAAGGCUUGCCAGGCAUGCCGGUUCACCAAGUGCCUGCGUGUGGGCAUGCUCAAAGAAGGGGUACGUCUAGACCGGGUGCGGGGUGGGAGGCAGAAGUACAAGCGCCGGCCUGACAUGGAAGGGGCCACCUACGCCAGCACUUUCGUCUCCCCACAGAUUGCUACAGGAACUGCAAAAAAACCAGCUCCAAUGAACACAAUGGUGUCGCACUUGCUGGUGGCGGAACCUGAAAAGUUGUAUGCCAUGCCUGAUCCUGCACUUCCUGACGGACCCGCCAAGGCUGCAAGCACUCUCUGUGACCUGGCUGACCGGGAGAUUGUAGUCAUCAUCGGCUGGGCCAAAAACAUACCUGGAUUUCCAGCGCUGUCCUUGGCAGACCAGAUGUCCGUGCUGCAGAGCGUAUGGCUGGAGGUCUUGCUGCUGGGGGUGGCCUGGCGCUCUCUGCCCUGGCUUGAAGACCCGGAGAUCGUCUUCUUGCGGAGAGACUUCAGCAUGUUAGAUCGCAGGAAGCCGCUUCGAGCGGCAGGAGCUGGGCUAGAGAGCUCAGCAGUCGUUCCCGUCCUGCAGCUGGUGCGCAAAUACCGUGCUCUGCGCCUGGAGCGGGAAGAGUAUGUGCUUCUCAAGGCGUUGGCGCUUGCCAACUCGGAUUCCGUGCAUAUUGAAGAUAUGGCUGCCGUCCAGCGGCUCCGGGAUGUUCUCCAUGAGGCACUACUGGAAUAUGAAGCGUCGCGUCGUCCCGAGGAACCCCGCCACGCCGGACGCCUCCUCCUCACUCUGCCCCUGCUGCGCCAGACAGCCACCCGUGUCCUCCACCAUUUCUACAGCCUCAAGUUGGAGGGCAAAGUCCCCAUGCAUAAGCUUUUCCUGGAGAUGUUGGAGGCCAUGAUGGACUGAAGGAUAGGCCAUAGGGGGCAGGAUUGGGCCUGGGUGGAGGAACAAAUAUCCCUGGGAGUGCAGUGCAGGUAGACAGGGAUCAGGGCCAGGCAGAGAGAGGAAUGGACUUAAGGCCUGGAUCAGGUUCCUCGUUAAGCUGAAUCCCUGCUGCCGUUCAUCUGCAUUUUUUAAACACAUUUCAGAAAUGUAUGCAAACGUAACAACCGCCCACUGCUUUGCACUGAGGCUAAUGGAAAUGGACCCAGCCACCAGGAAGAACUGUUUUAAAACCAGGCUGCCGGAAACCCCUUCCCGCAUAUGACAGCAGGACUGAGAGCGGGGGAGGGAUGUGGAGAAAGUUUGGACAGUCACACUGGAAGCCAUAUUUUAAUUUAUUAAUGCAGGGGAGGGAUGUGGGUGGGGGUUUUGCCACUGUAAACGUAGCUUGGAAGCCAUAUUGGAUUUGAGUGGCAUGACGGGGGAGGGAGAGGGAAUGUCACCUGUUGCGUGUGGGGGGGAGAGAGGGGAAAUGAUUGGAUCCUUCUUUCCAAGGAGUCAGGAAAGGGAUGUGGAGCAACAUAAAUCAACCCCUACCCUACCCCUGCUAUUCAUAUUGACGGACAUCCCCUCCUCAACUCCACUUCUGUUUUUCUCCUGGGCUGGGCCCAACCAAAUGCACCUUAAGGGGUGGGGUGGGGAUAUUAAAAACAAAAGCUUCACAGCUCCAGGAAUGAUGAGGGAGACAAAUGGGAUUGGAAAGGGAGGGGGGGAGGGGGAAUAACACUUUUACCUUGUCUGUUGUGUAGCUAUCCAGAAUCCCUGGAAAGGAUGGAGCAAUACCCUCCCCUCAGAGCCAGCGUGGUGUAGCGGUUAAGAGCAGGUGGAUUCUAAUCUGGAGAAUCAGGUUCGGUUCCUCACUCCUCCACCUGAGUGGCAGAAGCUUAUCUGGUGAACCAGAUGUUUCUG